AUGCCCGAUGAUCAACUUCAUGUCGCGAUUAUUGGUGCAGGCCUCGGAGGCCUAGCAGCCGCGAUCGGAAUAUCAAGGGCGGGCCACAGAGUCACUAUUCUAGAGCAAGCGGAGGAGCUUGGUGAGGUUGGCGCUGGCAUCCAGAUUCCGCCGUCCUCAUCUAGGGUAUUGGAUGAAUGGGGGUUAUUGGAAAAAGUCCGAUCCGUUGCCACUCUGCCCAGUGAUUUCCAUUUAAGGUCAAGAGACGGACGGAUCCUGUCAACGCAGAAUAUUCGACCGUCUUUAGAAGAGAGGUACGGAUAUCCUUACUUCCAAGUUCACCGAGCCGGUUACCAUCGGAUCUUAACCAACGAGGCGAUUCAACUCGGUGUGGAUCUUAAGUUACAGGCCAGCGUACUUGACAUUGAUUUCGAGAAACCCUCAGUUAUGGUAAAAGGAGAUCCAGAUUAUGAAUUCACGGCCGACUUGGUUAUCGGCGCGGAUGGCCUUCGCUCUAAAUCCCGCGAAUCUUUGCUUGGCCGUGCUGACCCGCCGAGGCUAACUGGUGAUCUGGCCUACCGGUCUAUGGUUAAGGUGUCGGAUAUGCAAAGCCCGCGUUUAAAAGAACUGGUCAAAAGGCCAUGCACCAACUAUUGGAUGGGCCCGAAUUUGCAUGCAAUGUGCUAUUUGAUCGAGAAAGACCAGAUUUGCAAUAUUGUUUUGAUCAUUCCAGACGACUUGCCUGAGGGUAUCAACGUCGCAUCUGCCGAUGUUGAAGAGAUGCGAGAAAGUUUCCGUGGCUUCGAUCCCACAUUGACAGAGCUUCUGGAACAUGUUGAUAACACCUUAAAAUGGCGUUUACAAGACAGCGUCAAGAUGGAGAGAUGGAGCCACCCAGCCUACAAGUUUAUAUUGCUUGGUGAUGCAUGCCACGCCACCCUUCCUUAUCUUGCGCAAGGCGCAGCCCAGGCAAUUGAAGAUGGCGCUGUUAUUGGCGCUCUCUUUUCAAAACUGCCAAGGUCGAAUUUCCGGCGAUUGGUCCCAGAUAUUUUGAAAAUUUAUGAGCACUUGCGCAAAGAAAGAACCGCCAGGGUCGUUCAAAAGAGUGCCGACUUCCGUGUUGUAUUCCAUAUGGAAGAUGGUCCUCGACAAGAGGAGCGGGACAGAAUUUUGUUGCACGAGCCGCCCUGCAAAGACUUUCCAUUCCUAUUUGCGGAUCCAGAGCUUCAAGAGUUUUUGUUCGGGUACGACGUAAUGAAAGAGGUGGACCAUGCUUGGGGAAAGUAUCUGGGUGAUCCCGUGACGUGUUCACUUUGA